GCUUAACCUCAGCACAGAAGAUUUGAAAGCUUGUAGGGUGAGAUUUAUAAACCGCCUUUUUCAAGCAGAUAGAUGAGUUUCACCAGGGAUACUCACAGUGGCACAGCAAAAGUCUUUGAAUAGAUUUUGUUGGAUUUUUUUUUUAACUGCUUAUAAAACGAACAGAUGCAGAACCCUUCCCAAAUGAUUGGAUCUGCCUAUGAAGCAGCUCCUGUGUUCAUAAAGAGCCCACAAAAUAUUACAGCUACUAAAGGCCAAUUGGUGGUGUUUGAGUGUCGAAUAAGAGCCUCCGCCCCUCUUCAGGUUCGCUGGUACAGAGAGUGCAACCAAAUCAUAGAUUCUGCAGACUUCCGCAUAUUAAGAAAAAAGGCAUGCUCAUCUAUGGUCCCUGAGGAAGUUUGUUCUUUGGUAAUAACAGAAGCUUUCCCUGAAGACUCUGGAAUAUAUCUAUGUAUUGCUGAAAAUGAUUUGGGGGCUGUAGCAUCCAGCGCAUUUCUUUGGGUCCCUGAAGAUUCAGAAACAGAAGAAACUGGAAGCCGUGAAUCUGCCCCCUUAUUGACAGAUAUGCUAACCAACCUGAACAUCAGUUCUGUGCCAGAGAGUGAAUUUUUAGCAAUGGGAAGAGAGGCAGAGAACUUUUCUGAUGCAGGUGGACAAAAUGCCUCUGGUUUAGCAAAUGAAGUGGAACAUGAAAGCUCUCAGUGUCAUAAUUAUAGCAAUCAGAGCAUCAGUUUUCCUGGUAUUUAUGAAAAUCCCUCUGACAAUUCACAUAAUUGCAGUCAUUCAAAGCCUAUGUACAGCCCGCAAACUGAUAGCCUUAAACAAGUACCAAAGGCUUCCGACAAAGAGAUACAAGGAACGAAAGACGCCCUCAUUCAAGACUUGGAAAGGAAACUGCGAUGUAAAGAUAACCUUCUGCAUAACGGGAACCAACGUUUAAGCUACGAAGAAAGAAUGGCUCGCAGGUUACUUGGACCAGAGAAUGCUGCAUCUGUGUUUGUAUCACAAAAUGAACAAAAUGCACAGGACGGACAACAGAACUCGGAAAGUGUACGGCUGCAAGUUCCUCAACAGCACGUAAGGAAUAGGCCAUCUUCAAGGGGAGAAAAAAAUGAUCAAGGCGCAAUUCAGGAGAAAUUUUUUCAACCACGCUUCUUACAAGUGCCUGAAGAUGUAACAGUUGAAGAAGGAAGAUUCUGUAGGCUUGAUUUUAAGGUCAGUGGGCUACCAAUCCCAGAUGUGGCAUGGUACCUAAAUGGAAGACUUAUCCACCCAGAUGAUUUUCAUAAAAUGAUAGUAUCAGAAAAAGGCUUCCACUCAUUCAUUUUCGAAGUAGUUCGGGUCUAUGAUGCAGGAACAUGGGAGUGUGUGGCUUAUAACCGUGCUGGAGAAGCUUCCUUUUCAUUGAAACUAGAUGUUAUUGCAAAAGAACAUCGGAAAGCACCAACUUUCAUUUCUAAAGCACAAAGCACAAAAGUUUAUGAGGGGGAUUCAGCUAGACUCGAGUGCCAAGUGUCUGCUAUCCCCCCACCACAAAUAUACUGGAAAAGAAAUAAUGAAAUGGUACAGUUCAAUACAGACAGAAUCAGCAUGUUUCAUGACGCUUCUGGCAAGGUUUGCUUGCUGAUCCACGAUGUAACUAAGAAAGAUGCUGGUUGGUACACAGUAUCUGCAGUCAAUGAGGCAGGAGUGGCAACAUGUCAUGCCAGAUUGGAUGUGGCUACACACACAUACAAGCCACUUCCAAAUCCAAAGCCUCUGAAGGUUCGGCCAACUUUUAGCAAGUAUUUGGCACUUAAUGGGAAAGGUGUGAAUGUGAAGCGGGCUUUUUUUCCUGAUGAAGGAGAAUAUCAGCGUAUGGCAGAACAGUCCGGACUUUUUGAGAGUGAUGAACUUUAAUAACAGAAAGAAAGAAAGAAAAUAUAUUUUGCCCCUGCAACAGACUAAAAAAGCAGUGCAUAGAUUCAGUUAAAAUGGCAGUAGCACUGUUUAGCAAACAUGCUUAAUAUAUUUUUAUUUAUGACUUAACUCCUGUUAUUCCUGCUGCUUUGAAUUUGAUCAAUUUUUACUAAUGCGUGUGCUGUUGCAGAAGGAAAUAGCAAAUGUUUGUACUUUUGAGUUUAAAGGCCAAGAAACCGGGCCUAGUUCAAGCAAGAAAGUUUGAAUGCAUCUAGUUUCAGUCACAAGGUUUUUAUUUUUACUGCUUCAUUAAUACCACUUCCAAUGUAAACAUUUCUGCUGAUUAAUAAAUAUAAAUUUGGGUGUU